AGGGAAGAUUUCCAGAAUUAACGAUGUCUACGUCAUCCUCCACGACCUCGGCCGAACCUGGGAAGGAGGCGAAGACUGAUGAUGAGUUUGCGCAUUUGAUGGAAAUGUUCGAGGAUGAAGUUAAUCACUUGCAAACUGCGAAAAGUAAAGCACUACAUAAACGGUUUGCAGGGAAGGACAAUAAUGAUCCGAAUUAUCAGGCGGAUAGGCUCACUGCGAAGGUUUUUACAAGCGCGUACGAAGUGCUGCUGUUGGACCCCACGGAGGAGCACACGGAUAAGGAGAUACAAAAACAAUAUCGUCGAUUAUCGUUAUUGGUUCAUCCUGAUAAGUGCAGUCAUCCGAAAGCUGCUGAGGCUUUCCAAGUUUUGGCGAAGGCGUUGAAGGAUAUCAAUGAUCCUAAUUAUAACGAUAAAUAUAAAGAGAUAAUUCCCCAUGCAAAGAAGCGUGUAUUAAAGCGACGAAAGAAGGAGAAUAUUGAGAGGAUGAGGGAUGGCAAGGAUCCGUUAGAUUUGGACGGAGAGGAUUUCAAUAAUGAUGUAAUGAAUGAGUGUGAGAAGAUAUUAGAGAAGGAGAAGGAGGAUGAAGAUUAUGCUAAUAACACGGCGCAAGCUAAUGAGGAACGACUGCAUAAAGGGGCGAAGCGAGCAGCUGAGGAAAGACUAGAAGCGAGUCGUGCUAAGAAGCGAUGGGAGCAAGGAAGAGAUGCCCGAGCGAUGGGAUGGAGGAUGUUUGAGACGAAUAUUCGCACUAGGAGGUUUCAAGAUAAGUCGACCCAUAACAUCGAGCGCGAACGAGAACACCGUGCUGAGCGGGACGGCAGGGCAGAGGGCGUUCCACGUGGUAUCGAUCUUAGUUAUAAAAAGAACUGGAGAUGA